AACUUGCCACCUAGUUAGAGUGGGAGGAUGAAGUGAGACAGAGAGAGGUGAGGGGAGAGUCAGCAGUAUGUCGAGGCGCUGACAGCCUCGGCACUCUUUAUUGAGACACUGGCAGGAGAUAUAGACUGACAGUUUAGAGAAGGCAUCUGACAAUAAAUAGGGUCUAUUUUGAAAGGAGCACCAUCACCAUCAUCAAAUGAGGAAGCUACCUGCAGAGCUGCUGGGGAUUUUCAGUUCACUCUGCGGUUAGAAUUACUAAUCUGCAAGUUUUGACUUUGUGCAUAUUUCAAGCUUUGCAGAGUAAUCUAUGGAAUAAGAGGGACUGAGUGGAGGAAACAAUGGAGAAGAGGAGGGAAGGAGAGAUGAGGAAGAAGACGAAUGUUUCUCAUAUCUGCUUGCUGCUGCUGGCUGUCCUCCAAAUCACCACACCCUCCUCAGCUCAAAACACCAGUGCACCGAACCCUGCAGCUCUCAUUUACCACACACGGCCAGCUGACGUCUCAGUGGCUGUGGGAGACCCUGCAGUGUUUCACUGUGGAGUGCCAAAAGAGUCUCCAAACCUUACGUUCACUUACUACGGGAGUCACGGCAACUACAGCCUCACCUGCCCUUACGGGCACGUGGAAGAUAUCCCCCAGGCUCUCUAUGGAAGUUGCCAUAUGAAGAAAGGUGAGUCUCUGGCCGUGUGGACCCUCAAGGGAACUUCCUUUUCCGACAACGGCACAAGAGUCGUUUGUCAGCAGGCAGAGAAUCCUGAUGCACCUGCUGCUUACCUACAUGUUUAUGAUAACGGCACCAGCUAUGCCACUCUCAUUGGUUGUACCAUUGGGGGCUUCUUUGGCGUCCUGUUGGUGGCUGGUUUAUCGUAUACCAUGCUGCAGAGAUCUGAGACCCUCCAGAAGUGCUUCAGGGGAAAAGAAACAGAAGAUGACAUGUCCACAAUAGUCACAAAGGACUAAAAGGAGACAGAAAGCCAGGAAGCUUUUUUUUUUUUUUUUGCUUGAUUUUGCUUUGUAAAACGUAUCCAGAGUUGGGCUCCAUUCAACUCCUAAUGCAAAAACAAAAAGGAACUGAUUCUAUUUGAGAUCCUUUGACUAAUCUAAGUGAAGAGAAAACUAUUUGAGGCCAUACCCAGUCUGACCCCCGAUAUCUUCACUUCCUUGUUCUGCCCUCAAUAAUUGUAGCAUGCACGCAUUACUUACAGCCUAAUAGUGUUGAACACUUCAAACAAACACUUCAACCCAUUUGAGCAGGGUCAUAUGUGUCAAUGUGCAACACUUUUAUGGUACAUACCUUAUAAAUCAUAUGUAACAUUUGCUGUUGUGUCCUCUGAUGUGGCCAAAACAAUGAAGCAUGUGUGUAGAAAGCAGUAGUCAGACUGUUUUUGUACAGUCUGUGUUCCUUCAGGUUGAGCUACUGAAGCGUCACAGAGAUGUUGUGAAAGUGCUGAGCAAAGCAAUCACAAACAGAUCCCCUGAGACACUUAAAAGAGGAAUAGAAGACUUGCUGUCAGUAAUUGGACCUUGUACUUACUCACAGCCUAACACUAACAGUGUAUAAUAUAGCUGUUCAGCAAAAUAUUGAGGUAAGAAACUCACUGACAGGGGUCCUAGUUGUUCUUGUAAUAGAGGGUUAGUCAGCUACACUUGCACAGUUUGUCCAUGUGAGGGAAGCACUUACUCCACAGGUAACAAGCCAUUUUGUUGUUGCACUACUACAGACAAAUAUAUUCACUUUAAAAGAACUGAUUGUAAAAACCAAACACUAAAACAACAAGUUCUGUUUCCAUCAGAAUAUUUUUUUGUCAAAUUAUUCAGUUGACUCUCUAAUCAGGCAAUUGUCAUUCCUUUAUUUGGGAUUUAGUCAGUGAAGUGAGUUCAAAGUGGUAAUGUUGUCAUGCUAAGUGUUCUUACAUAUUUGCAUUCUGAAGUAAAUUGUCCAGAUGCUUUUGAUGUGGUUACUCAGCCACUGUCUUUGUAUAAAGGCAAAGUGCAGUGGCUCUUAGUUCUACAGUUACCAAAGAUAAACUCAGGAAUGCAGUUCUUCUUAUGCUGUUGCUGAUGUUUGUUGUUGUGCACUCUAUUCUGUCUUUUAAUUUUGAUAUUUUUAGGAUAACAAUAUGCCCUUGUUUACGGAGUGUUCUGUACUGCUGCCAGUGUGUGGCCUGCGACCAAAUUAAAGAUAAAUGAUGUCAAA